AACACAGGAAGAUCAUGGAAAGCAAAGCCAUUAAUGAUCUUUCGGACAAAGACAUUAUAUGCACAGCUGCUGUGGCGUGGGGUCCUGGGCAGCCUUUGACUAUACAGCAAAUUCGUGUCCAACCCCCUCAGAAAAUGGAAGUUCGAAUCAAGAUUCUUUUCACUUCAGUUUGCCAUACUGAUCUUAGUUCUUGGCAGGGCCUGAAUGUAUCUCAACGAGUGUAUCCUCGGAUUUUUGGACAUGAGGCCUCCGGGGUGGUUGAGAGUGUAGGGGAAGGUGUGGAGGACAUGAAGGAAGGGGAUCAUGUUCUUACCAUCUUUAAUGGAGAAUGUGGUGAAUGUGUUUAUUGCAAGUCCAAGAUCACCAAUCUGUGUGAAAGGUUUCGUGUGGAUCCGUUACAAAGUGUGAUGAGGAAUGAUGGGAAGACGAGGUUCUUGACUCAAGAUGGAAAACCCAUUUACCAUUUUCUAAAUACAUCCACUUUUACUGAGUACACAGUCGUGGACUCCGCCUGUGUCGUCAAGAUUGAUCCAAAAGCUCCCCUCGACAAGAUGACCUUACUCAGUUGCUGUCUCUCAACAGGAUUUGGAGCUGUAACCAAUACUGCAAACAUACACCAAGGGUCAACUGUGGCAGUUUUUGGAUUGGGUGCCGUAGGAUUGGCGGUGAUACAAGGAGCCAAAACAAGAGGAGCAUCUAAAAUCAUAGGAGUUGACAUCAAUGUCGACAAGAGUAUCAAAGGUGAAUCAAUGGGAAUGACAGAUUUCAUAAACCCGAGGGAUUUUAAAACGUCAGUCCAUGAGAAAAUAAGGGAAAUGAGUGAAGGAGGGGUGGACUUCAGCUUCGAGUGUGCAGGAAACCUUGAUGUUCUUCGUGAAGCCUUCUUGUCGACUCACGACGGUUGGGGGUUAACAGUAGUAUUGGGGAUUCAUCCAACACCAAGGAUGUUGCCAUUACAUCCAAUGGAGUUGUUUGAUGGACGAAGAAUCACAGGAUCAGUGUUUGGUGGUUUCAAAGCCAAGACCCAACUUCCACUUUUUGCCCAUCAUUGUAUGCAUCAUCAGGAGGGGCUAAAAUUGGAGGAGUUUAUAACCCACGAGCUUCCUUUCAGCAGCAUCGACCAAGCUUUCCAACUGCUCAUUAAUGGAAAAUCAUUAAGAUGCUUGCUUCAUCUUUGA